AUGGCUGACCUACUUAUUUUUGGUGAACCUCAAGGUGUCAUCAGUCGAACAGUCGAGGAUAAUGGUAUCCUCGACGAAGACGAAGUACAAGUCGGUGUUGGUUCCAACCAGAGUGCGCAAGGUCGUCCUGUUCCAUCGGAACCGAUAGGUGAGUACACUUUCUGAGAAAAUUUUUAUCAGAACUAGCAGGCACAUCAGUAGACAGAAGUCUUAUGUUCUUAAAAAGUCUUGAGAGUUCCAUAGAGCAAGGAAGGAUAGAAACUCCUUUGAAAAAUAUCACUUACCAUUCUAAAGAUAAACAUAAACUUGUGUUUGAAAAAAGAACAUCAUUUUGAUUUAUCUUUGUAUAAUAAUUGUUAAAGAUGUGAUGAUCAGUCUGAAAUAAUAGUCGAGACUACUCAUGCACCGGUUAUUUUAUCGGGUCUCAGAAGUAAUACCUUUAAAAAAUUUUUUAGUCGUCAGUUUUGUGCACAAAUGUUUGUUCUACCAAAUAGGACGUCGCAGACUUUCUCACGAUGAUUUGCCGAUGAAAUACAAAGCUUUUACUUGAAAAACGAACCGAUUAUUAAUCUACCUUUAACGGGUCCUAUUUCAGAGAAAAAGAUUCAUAUCUCAUCGACGAAUCAUCGUGGGAAAGUCUGCGACGUCUUAUUUGGUGGAGCAAACAUUUGUGCAUAAAACUGCAGAUUAGAAAAAAUUCUAAAAUGCUUCUUCCAUUUUUAAAACUGUUACUCCCGAGAGCCCGACAAAAUAACCGGUGCAUGCCUAGCAGAGACAAAACAAAAGUUAAUCGACUAAAUCUGAAUGAUUUUUGACGUGACUCAAUAAAGUGAAGUAAUAAACUGGGGUGAACUCAUGAGAAAGCUGAUCUCUAUUUAUAUUUCCAAGCAAAACUAAGUAAGCGAGUAACUUAUUAAGUACGCUGUAGCUAUCUCUGCUACUUACAGCGUCCGUUUACAGCUUAAUUAGCUAGAUUCAAAGAUACAUUUAUCUAGCUCGAUUGAAAUCAGAUUUUGGCUAAAACAACUAGAUUGGUCAAUAGAGCGGCUAGUAUAUGAAAUGUGCCUUUGUAUCUGAUCAAUCCAACUGUAGACGGAAUCUGAAGCUAUCUUUCCAACUGGAUUGGUUUACUCACUUGGAAAUACAAAGAGUCUAAAUGGUCUCGUAUAGAAGUUUCAUAUUUUAACUCAAAAUAACGGCUUCCUUUUUAUUGAUAGAAGAAGUGCUUAGUUAUUUUGUGGUAUAGCAAGAUGCAACGAAGUAAUCGAGAAGUAUCAUAUCUCAAAAAUUUCGAACGAUCUAAAUUAUUUUGUUUUUAAACCGUUGUAAGCUGAUCGAAUCUUCUUUUUUUCAACAAAAACAUUCUACGAAAUAACAGAAUGUCAUACCUAUCAGUCUCUGAAGAUAAUAAAAGGUUGAUUUUAUGUCUAAAACAAAACAUUUUUCAAAUAUGGCCUUUUAUAGAUGAAUAGGCCAUAUCUAGUCGUUAUUGAAUACUAUAAGUAAGGUAGAAAAUAUACUGAGCGACGUGUAUACCAUUGAUACCUUCAGAAUUUGUUGUUUAUCAAUUACCAUGAUAAACGGCCCAAAUCUUCUGUUAUCUUUGGAACACUUUCCAGUGAUCUAAAAAUCUGGUUCUAGUCUCAUUCAAUAGAGAAUUGAGUUCUCUACAAAAUCUGCUAUUUGAACCUGUGAUAGCAUUUUUCUGGUUUGGGCAUCAUUCAAAAUAUUGAAUAGUGCUAAGUUCUCGAACUGCGACGUGCUUUUGUCGUAUCUGUUUUUGAGAGUUUUAGUCCAUUGUCUGGGGUUCAGUAAUAUAUUUUUCUAGGUAGAAUGACAGAGAAUUUUGUGCUUUAUCAACCUGACUGAUAUACAACUUCAUACAAUGUUUUUGCCACGUGAGCUGGACUCAUAACUAGUUCUCAAUCGGCUUUUCACAUUUUUCAAAUUAAAUUAAUUUUUUUCAUUAAUGAUUUCAAUUGCAAAACUUUGUUUACACUUCAAAAGAAUUUAAUUCUGUGUAAGAUUCCAAGGCUAAAGUCCUAGAUUCAGAACGUUUUACUGCUUAUAUAGGCAGAAAGUUAAAGUCUGUGAAAAAUAGGUUCACAUGUUAGCUCGUUUUAGAUUCAUCAGUUUUUUACAAAGAGAAAUUUUCCUAUUUUAUUAUCCUUCUAAAUUUCGAAAAAUAUCUGAGAAGAUGCAGAAUUUUCUCGUGAAUUUUCUCAUGAAUUUUCUGAUGUUUUCGAAAUUCUUAUGGAAUCUGUUUUUGGAUCAAGGUAAAUAUUUUUCUAUUUUCAGUGUGUCGCAGUUCGAGAACUUAGCACUGUUCAAUAUUUGAAACGCUCAAAUACCACAUUUUGUAGAGAAUUCAAUUCUCUAUUGAAUGAGACUAGAACCAGAUUUUUAGAUCACUCGGAACCGUUUAUUAUGCGCCACUCGGUACCACUAAAUUAAUGAAGAUAAAAAAGAAAGCACAAUAGUUUUUAUUCUUACUUUAGACAUCAAGGUACCAUCAUCACCAAUUAUAGUUGGGCAGCCC